CACGAUUCACGUCGCCAUCUUGCGACGGAAAUAUCAUUGGAAACAUGGUGCUUGUGUUAAUGCCAAGGUCACUUCAAUAUCUCAUCAUAACUCUUCAAUUUUCUUGAAGUAUCUUCAUCUUUCACAUUAAAUUGCAAUUAUGUCAUCAAAAUCAAAGACGAAAUCUGUAGAGAUUGAUCCAGAUCUUGGGAAGAAGUUAUUCGAAGAGGGAGCGACAUUUAUCUUUCUAGAUGUACCACCUGGAACCGAAUUCGGUAUAGACAUGAGUGUUUUCUAUGUUGCGGAUAAGUUCAGAGGAGUUAAAAUGAUACCACCGGGUUUGCAUUUCAUCUACUACAGCGGAGUGAGUAAAUAUGGACAGUCUGCACCUCGCACUGGCUUCUUUCAUGUGUUUUCCCCGAAAGAAGUAUUGGUUAGGAAGUGGAAUAAGUUUGAUGAAACCAUGAGCGAAGAGAUUGUAAAUAGCGAAGAAACGGAAAGAUUUCGUUCAAAUUUGAAAGAUAUGGAUCGGUUUCUUGGUGCGUAUCCUUACAAGAUGUGGAGAAAUUGGGUUGCUCUAACUAGUUACAUUACAGAACCUGUUCUGAAAAGCAUGGAGCCGGAAUCUGGGAUAGUAUGCUCUGUAUCACAGUUUGUUCCCGAAACAUUUUUAAUGUCCAAAAAUAAUCCAGAAAUGGAAACUGAUCAAAUGGCAGCAUCUACUUCAAAGACAGAAGAUAAUCUUCCAGAAUUAAAACUGGUUCCUGGCACAAUGCUUAGAUUUACUAAAAUUCCUUUAAGAAAACAUCCAGAAGGAGCGUCUCCUACUGAAAUUACUAAACAUAAUAUGGACUCUACAUAUUUACUAGAGCAAGUUCUUUUGAUGUAUGAGAAACCUGAAGAUAUUUUAGCAGAACUGCAACUGUCAUUUGUUUGUUUUUUGGUCGGACACGUGUAUGAAGCCUUUGAACAAUGGCAAAAGUUAAUUAGAAUAUUAUGUAAUAGUGACACUGCUUUGAAACUGUAUGGAGAACUGUAUCUCAGUUUUAUUGUUGUUGUUCAUUUUCAACUGAAAGAAAUACCCAAGGACUUCUUUGUUGAUAUAGUAUCAAGUAGUAAUUUCCUCACCACCACUUUUCAAAUCUUUUUCUCGAAUUUAGAAAACAGUACUGCCGACGAAGCCUUACGUUCCCGUGGUAGGAAAUUCAAAGAGAGCCUGACAAAGAUUUUUAAGUGGGAUUUUGAGAGUGAGCCAGAUGACUGUGCACCAGUUAUAGUAGAAACUAGUCAAUGAAUGUUUUGUCAUGAUUCAUUUUUGUGUAUAUUGAUAUCAUAAUGAUGUAUUAUUGUAAAAUUUUUACUUUUAAUCAACGAAAAACAUUGAAUUCAUAUCUUAGUGUAAAAUUCAACAUACAAAAUUGCUAGGUAAACCUAUUGCCAUGAUUACAGUUUCAUAAAUAAAUAUUCCAGUUAAAAUUA